AGUAUCUGUCUCAUCCUUCAGUUCUGUACAAGUGACCUGAGAAAAAGCCCCAACGCUUUCCAAGCACUCUGCCUACCUCCACCCCCUAGGAAGGUCAUGACAGAUGGACCUCAAGGUGGGGACAGCACAAAUGCAAAGGACAAAAGAACUGGAGUUAACUGUGGGCUAAGGUCAGGUAGGGACCUGAGCCUUGUCCUGGGGGCACAAAAGGGACCUCUGUUGUGGGUUGAGCUUUAGGUUCCUGCCAGUCCUCCCACCACCAUGGGAGGACAGGGGACAUGUUUACCCAGAGCCUGCUCUCCCAGCUUCUACCCAUGCUUGGCCCUGGAAUGUGCCAUCUGGCAUUCCCCAAGCCCUUGCCCUGGGAGCCACUUGCCCUCAGCCAAAGAAUUUCACCAGGGUGCAGAUGUCACUGGAGAAGCAUGACCCCUCACUCGCCCAGGAAGGGGUCUGGAGCUGGGUGAGUCUCUCCACAUGGCCAUAUUCUGUGAAGAAGCCGAGAACACCAGGAGUUCAUUUCAAUCUCAUGCCCUAAGUCUUUAUGAAGGUGGCUUGUCAAGGGUAGAAAACAGAAAACUGUAUUCAUCUACUUCUUGAGCUAACAAAACUAUUCGUAAGUUAGACACAGGUUGUAGGCCUCCAUUCAUGCCCUUUUGGUGGCUCUGGAGUAUUGGCACUGGCCUGCCCACCUGUGUUUCAGGAGGCACAUCCUGUCUACAGCUGGACUCUGAGGAGGCCUUGGCAGCUUGGUGGGCCCACGCUGCUCUCCCAGGAGAUGGCUUCCAGGGCUCCUGCGCUGUUGCUGCUGCUGCUCCUCCCAUCCCACCCCGAGGGCUGCCCUGCUGCUUGCCACUGCUACAGUGCGACGGUGGAGUGCGGCGCCCUGCGGUUGCGCGUUGUCCCGCAGGGGAUACCCCCAGGGACACAGACGCUGUUCCUGCAGGACAACAGCAUCUCGCGCCUGGAGCCAGGCACUCUGGCUCCACUCGCCUCCCUGAGACAUCUCUACCUGCACAACAACAGCCUGCGUGCCCUGGAAUCUGGCGCCUUCCGGGCACAGCCCCGCCUGCUUGAGCUGGCCCUCACGGGCAACCGGCUGCGUGGCUUGCGUGGCGGCGCUUUCGCAGGCCUAGCACAGCUGCGUGUGCUCUACCUGGCAGGCAACCAGCUAGUGCGGCUGCUGGAUUUCACCUUCUUGCACCUGCCGCGACUGCAGGAGCUGCACCUGCAAGAAAACAGCAUUGAGCUGCUGGAGGACCAAGCCCUAGCCGGGCUCUCCUCUCUGGCCCUGCUGGACCUUAGCAGAAACCAGCUGGGAACCAUCAGUCAAGAGGUCCUGCAACCCCUGGCCAGCCUGCAAGUCCUGCGUCUCACAGAGAAUCCUUGGCGGUGCGACUGUGCCCUGCACUGGCUGGGUGCUUGGAUCAAGGAAGGGGGCCAGCGAUUGCUUAGCUCCAGAGACAAGAAGAUCAUGUGUGCAGAGCCCCCGCGCCUGGCGCUGCAAAGUCUCCUGGAUGUGUCAGGCAGUAGCCUCAUCUGCAUUCCGCCCUCUGUACACGUGGAGCCGCUGGAGGUCACAGCCAACCUGGGAGACGACCUGAGGGUGGCCUGCCAGGCCUCGGGCUACCCGCAGCCCCUGGUCACCUGGAGGAAGGUGCCCCAGCCUCGGGAAAACCGGCCACAGGCCCAGGCCCAGCUGGAAGGUGGGGCGGCAAGCCUGGGCAGGCACGGGGCUUCUGACACCGGCAGUGGCAUGCUCUUCCUCACCAAUAUCACGCUGGCACACGCCGGCAAAUACGAGUGCGAAGCCGCCAAUGCGGGCGGCGCCGCCCGUGUACCCUUCCGCCUCUUAGUCAACGCCACCCGGCCACACCGGCUGGCCCCCCUUGCCCCGGCCACGCGCCCCAAAGGCCACGAGCAGCAGCACGAGGCGGGCAGCAUGGCCUUCCGCGCCCUGGGCCUGGCCACGCAGACAGCCAUCGCAGCGGCCAUAGCGUUGCUGGCGCUCACAGCACUGCUGUUGGCAGCCAUGAUCUGCCGGCGCCGGCGCCGGCGCAAAAAGGCACGCGCGCCGCCGGGGGAAGGCACGCUGUUUGUCAACGACUACUCGGACGGACCCUGCACCUUCGCGCAACUCGAGGAGCUCCGCGACGAGCGCGGCCACGAGAUGUUCGUCAUCGAUCGUUCCAAGCCGCUGUUCGUGGAAGGGCCGGUGGACAUUCCCGAGGACCGAAGCACUACAGAGGGCCUGGCGCCCGGGUUCCGCCUCCCGCCGCGCGUUGCCUAUGAGAUCCACUGCUGAGCCCGCCGCGCGUACCGAUGACGUAUGCACCGGGGAUUGGCCGGCGCGACCCCUCGUCAGUAAAAGUGGAAGCCGCGCUUUUGCGCUGA